UUAUCCCAGCUUUUUACCUCAGCUUUUACUCCAGCUGGUGAAGCAUUUAGUGAAUGAGAGGAAGUAAGUCUUCCGUACUAAGCAAACCAGCUAUCCAUGGCAGCCAUCCAGUGCUCAGACAACCUAAGAUCCUGACUGUGGGUUAUUCAUAUAGCAACUGAUUUGCCCCAGGGAAGAACCUUUGCAGCUGUGUUUGACUGGAGUCCGGAUGGCCUCUCCCAAGGGGAAGAAAAGAAAGACGGCAUAUUGCUCUCCAAACAGUAAGGAAGGUGGAACCAAUCCUCAAAAGCAACAGAAGAUUGACGGAUUUUGCCAGCCUUUGCACUCAACAGUGGGUCGUGCAUCCUCCCCCCUUUCCCUGCCGGUUAGCCGUGAUGUUUUGGCAUUGUUUGGGGAUUCCCCCCUGGAGUGGGAAUUGCAGGCAGAGGAGAAUCAAUCAGGAAGUCAGCUGGGAAGCUUGCGAACCCCUCUGCGUAAUUUGAUGACAAAUGACUCAGCAACUUUGGGUGAAUGGCUCCAGGCCGGGACAAGGGCUUAGAGUCGGAGUUUUACAACCAUAGUGAAUUAGCUUUAGGACUUGAAAACCAGCUAAAUGUUAGUACAAGGGAUUUCAUUAGCCGACACAGUAUGCUCACUUCUCAGACAGUCUUGGCCAUUUUUGACCAAUUUGCAGAGGUGCGUUUAAAGUUGGACUCUGUGAUCAAUUUUAUUGCUGCGGCACAGACGAAAAAGCCGCAGGUAUGUUCAACUGGCUGUCAGACAGAACGACCCGGCCAGAUGGUGCAACCGAGGGAAAGAACAAGCGGACAAUAUAUUGACUGUAAGCAUGGAAAAAAAGCAAAAGAUGGUGAGCUGGUUGGACCUGAAAUCCCACAGUACAGGAGUGGGGGGGGGAAACAGGCGAUUAUUGAAGGAGCAGAUUGUAUUGAAUAUAUAUAAUUCUGAGAUAAAUGCGGGUAGAUGGUCUUCAAAAAGACAGAUAGUGACCUCUUUGUCACAGCUUACUCGGUGUGACAAGGGGGCAGUAGAUUUGGCAGCAUAUGAACAUCUUCCACAAUGUGAUAAUUAUUUCAGAAUUCUUUUUAAGUUCAAACAACAGCUCUUCCCAAGCCUGCUAAUGUGAAUGAGAGGAUUCUUGGCUUAUUAUCAAAUUUUACCUGCCCGAGUUUUUUCUAGUGGUGAGGUCAUCCCGCUAAUUCAGAGAGCCCCUAGGGAGAGUGUGGCAGUGCAUGGGACAGCUGUUUGGGAAAGUGGACUGAAUAGGGAAAGCAGGCUGGCCGAGGUAGGGAGGAGAUUUAGCGUUACAGAGGAAAUGUCGGUUAGGGUUUUGGACCCAGCUGAAGUGAAACUUCCUUCAAUUGGCUUGGUACAAGAUGAGACAUUUGAUUCUGCCUGUUUGGAAACUUUUUCCUCACUUUCACAAAUGGAGCAGCAAGAAGUACUUAAAAAACUUAAAGAGACGAGGAAGCUGCUGAAGCAGACUAUUUCCUCUGCCGCUCCUUUAGCGUCGAUAGCUCUACCCUCUUCAAGGCAUGAUGCAGCUCCGGAGAGUCAGCAGCCUAUAAACCCAGGAAGCCUGAUGCCCACGUCUAUACAGCACAAGGUACCAGAGACAGUAGAUUUGAUAACACAAAGUGUUGUGGGACAAACAUCGGAGAUGGAAGGCACCCAGGAAGGAAUCCCCCAAUCCCCCUUAGUGGCAAAGAUGAUACCAAGAAACGACACAAACGCGGUGCCUCAUGCAAAAUCAUUUACCGUGGAGGCAGAGAUUAAUAGAGCCCAUGGACCUGCAAGUCCGAAAGUAACCGGCAGUGCAAUGACGCCCAAACAGACUUCUAUUGAACUCAGAUAUGAUUUUCCAAGGCCUCAGCUUUCUGAAAGGAUGCAUUUGGCGGUAGUAGCCUGUGGUGAAAGAUUGGAGGAAACUGUUACUAUGUUGAAAUCAGCUAUUAUUUUCAGCAUCAAAAAUCUUCAGUGUCAUAUUUUUGCUGAGGAAUCAUUACAUAGUGACUUCAGAGAAAUACUUGAUAAUUUGAGACAUAAUGAAAAAUUUAAUUAUACUCUGUACCCUAUCUCAUUUCCAACUGAGAAUGCAGCAGAAUGGAAGAAAUUGUUCAAGCCUUGUGCUUCUCAAAGACUUUUCCUACCAUUAAUCCUCAGUAAUGUGGACUCUCUACUAUAUGUUGACACAGACAUCUUGUUCUUAAGACCUGUUGAUGAUAUCUGGUCUUUCCUGAAAAAAUUCAACUCUACUCAGAUUGCUGCUAUGGCACCAGAGCAUGAAGAACCUCGUAUUGGGUGGUAUAAUCGCUUUGCUAGGCACCCAUAUUAUGGAAAAACUGGAAUCAAUUCUGGAGUAAUGUUAAUGAACAUGACCCGCAUUAGAAGAAAAUAUUUCAAGAAUGAUAUGACAUCAGUACGAUUACGUUGGGAAGAAAUUCUCAUGCCGCUGCUGAAAAAAUACAAGUUGAAUAUAACAUGGGGUGAUCAGGAUCUUUUGAACAUUAUGUUUUUUCAUAAUCCUGGUUCAGCUGUCUUUCUCUUUUUGUUAAAUGUUAUUUUCUCUGACAGUGUUAAUACUGCUGGCCUUCCUGUGAGUGUGAUAACUGAUCUGUAAUGGCUUCUAAAAAAACAAGACUGGGAACAUUCACUCAUAUGAGCAACAUAAUUGGGACUGGCAAAGACUUGUUGCUGUCUGAACUCCCAACACCCAACAUUUUCAGAUAUGGCCUACUGUUAAGAGAAAAUAGUGAUGAUGCUAGAAACAGACGACUGAUGAUUAAAAUGAAGGGGAAUGUGAUAGAAGUUAUGAAGAGGCCUUAGACUAAAAACACGUGCCCUCUACUUCAAAAGAAAAGACAGAAUACAAUAGAUUAGAAAUAACAGAUUAGAAAUAAAAUUAUUCAUUGUAUAAUAGCAGAGCAUAAGAUACAGUGUUGGUCUACGUGCCACUGCUGCCAUUACCAGAGGCGCCUUCACCGAAGAAGAUAAGAGACUUGUAGUUGAUCACAGUAAAGCCAAGAGAUUCCAGGAAAAAAAAUAUGAAAUCCCUAGGUCAAGAAUUUGAUGACCUUUGUAAGAAGGGCGAAAUAGAAUGCAUAUUCUUAGAUGGCCAUUUAGAUGCAACUAAAGUUAUGCUGAAAGCAAACAAUUCAGACCAGCAAUUCCCCAAUACCAUCAAAAAGAACAUUAUUCUGUGUGCAGUGAGUCGGGUGGAAGAUAUCUUUAUCAUUUCACUCCAGAGAAAGGCUCAAAAAUAGGAAAACAUGCUCAAGUUAUUGCAGAUGAUCUGAUGUAUUUCAUGAAGAAGAAAGGUAUUGACAAAAGCUUGAAGCCAUUGGUGAAAACUCUACAAAUGUUAAGACUGGCUGUGAAGGUGGUGCCAUGCGUUGUGUAAAAAUCAAGCUUGACCGGAAGUUGAUCUGGUUGGUGUGUGCACUCCACACAAAUGAGUUACCCCUACAACACUUAAUCACAACAUUGGAUGGGAAGAUGUUGUCUAACAACAAAUGGGCAGGUAAAAUUGACAACAUGCUGGACAUUGCAACAGAACUUGACAUUGUUUCUUCAUUCACUGAGUUUCAAUUGGUGAGUCUCUCGUUUCACUGAGCAACAGUGUUGUAAAGGAUCUCUCUACUGAUGAGGGGAAUUGAUAUAGUAUCACACAGGCCAUAGGGACAGGAGAACUUCCCACAGAUCUGGCUCUUCUGGAAAUUGGCCCUGUAAGCCAUUCACACUGGUUGACAACUGCAAAUAGGCUUUGUCGAAUAUGGGUUUCAAAACAUGACUUUAAAGGCAAAACUCUCAAAAACUUAAGUAUGAUAGUGGAAUACAUCAUUGUUGUGUACUACACUUGCUGGAUCAACAUCAAAGUAAAACAAUCCUGGAUUGAAAGUCUGUGUCAUAUUGUUCCAGCUGCAGCAAGUCAGACUGCAAAAGAAGGUAAAUGCUGUUUUGCCAACUAUUAAACCAACUCAGCAUGGUACGCUUUCAAUGAAAUGAUAAUCCAGACAUUCUUGGGUUCAGAUGACAUUCAAGAGUGCAAAAGAUCAUUGACUUGAGGCAGUGGUGAAAUCCAAACUUUUUUACUACCGGUUCUGUGGGCGUGAUUUGGUGGGCAUGGUGUGGCUUGGUGGGCGUGGCAGGGAAAGGAUACUGCAAAAUUUCCAUUCCUACCCCAUGCCUGGGGAAAGGAUAUUGCAAAAUCUCCAUUCCCACCCCACUCUGGGGCCAGCCAGAGGUGGUAUUUGCCAGUACUACUCAAAAUUUCUGCUACUGGUUCUCUGAACUGCUCAAAAUUUCUGCUACCAGUUCUCCAGAACCUGCUGAAUUUCACCCCUGGCUUGAGGGUUGCAGAUGACACCCUGGGAGAUUUUUCUGUACGUGCCAGAAAAACGCCUCAAAUCAAUGCCAGAACAUCCACUCUGCUGGAGGUGACUGAUUGGUCUGAAGGUGUAUAUGAGCCACCUUUCACGUACAAUCUAACUACAGCGGAAAUCAAGAAGUUCAUUGACGAACCAAUGCAAGUACCAAAGUGGCCCUGUCAUGCCAAAUCAAUAGAGAGAUGUGUGAAACAGGUCACAGAGGCAGCAAGCAAAGUACAAGACAAGACUUAAUGAAACUCGCUUAAACAUUUUUGUAACUCAGAUAAUUGCUUUCUGAUGUUAGUUUAUGAUUGCAUGGAUUAUUUUUUGUUUAGCUAGAUAAGAUUCAUGCAGAAAAAAAGCUUUAAUUUUUGUAGCACUAGGUGUAAUUUUGAGAAGAUAGUUAACAGUAUUUGGCUUUUGUGGGGUAUAUGAACAUGGAUUUACCAUACCAAGAUAAAUAAUGUGCAAUUGCAAAAAUAACAGCAAUUGGAAUUCUUGGUGUAAAAACACAUACCGUAUUUUUCAGAGUAUAAGUCGUUCCGGAGUAUAAGACGCACCUUAUUUUUGGGGGAGUAUUGGUUUUAGUAUUUGGCGCAUCUUCCAGAAUGAAUUACUGACAAGGACUGAGGUACCACUGGGCUUUUGUGCUCGGCCAGGGAUAGGAAUGCUUCCCCACGCCGCCCCCUUCUUUCUCUUGGCCCUGCUGAUGAGGGAGAAGGAAGGCCAGGCUUGGGGGAUGGCCCCCACCCCACAAGAUCCGUCCCUGCCGUUCUCUCCCAGCCCUCUUUGCUGGCAGCAACAGCAAAUGUACCAUGACAAAGGCGGAAUCCUGUUGCCGCACAAAGGCAAGUGCAGGGGCACUUCGCUCCCGCACUAAGGCAACAGGGCGACAGCUCUUUCAUCCCUCUGCCACCACAGGGAGCCGCAGCAGAGGGGUGAAAGACCCGCAUGCGGCUCUAGAGCCACAGGUUGCCGACACCCGGGUUAGGGGAUUAGACGAGUCCUAUAAAAACCUCAAGCAAGCAGGUGUGUUUUGCUUUAACAGAAAAUGACUGACAUAAAGAAAUAAAGCUCUCUUCAAAUCAUACAGAGGAAAGCCAUUGUGUUUUCUUUAACCUCCUAUAGUGCCAGACACAGAAUAAUGGUAUUAAAUGUAUGGGUAAGAAUAUCAACCUUGCCAUCAAGCAUUUAAUAGUGAGUGCCAUACUGUGCACUAAUCAAACAAGUAGGGGAAAUCAGGCACAAUGCAGGUUAUGUGGAAAGUAAACACAGGGUCAAUCAAAAAAGACACAGAUGUCUAUACACCAAUACACAGAGUAUGAGGAAUAAACAGGGCGAAUUAGAAAUUCAAGUAAAUGAGAGUAGAUAUGAUACUGUUGCCAUUAUGGAAACUUGGUGGGAUGAAACCCACAAAUGGAACAUACAGCUUUUAAAUUUAAAUUAUUUAAAAGAAAUAGACCAAAUAAAAUAACAGGUGGAGUUGCACUAUACAUAAGAAAUAAUUACAUCUCUACAGAUAUAGGGCACAACAAUGAUGAAAACUGCCUUGAAUGCAUUUGGGUCAGUAUAAAAGGUAGAAAAAUUACAUUGCCAUAGAUAUAUAUUAUAGACCACCCAACAAAGCAGAGUCAGUUAACUAAGAUAUGUAGGAAGCACAUCACAAUAGUAAUGGGAGAUUUUACCUACCUUGACAUCAACUGGGAGACAAACUGCACCAAGUGGAAGAUCAAACAGGUUCCUGACAAACCUAGCAGACAACUUUGUUUCCCAAAAAGUAGAGAAGGGAACAAGGGGGCCAGCCAUAUUGGAGUUAAUUCUCACUAACGGAGAUCAAAUGAUAAAAGGUGUUGAAGCUACAGGAAUCUUGGGGGGGAGUGAUCGUGCAAUACUGGAAUCCAACAUUAUGCAAGCACAGGCAAUAGAACAAAGUAAAACUAGAGCCUUGAACUUUAAGAGUCCAAGAGUACUCAAUAAAUGGAAUAUUUCAGCAAAGAUUAAUUGUUUGGGAGUGCAAUUUAUUUGAGAUGACAUCGAAACCUGACACCUAAUUUCAAUAAACUUAGAUCUUGGGAAGGAUUCCAUGGAUGAGAAUCCUGAGGAGGAAAACAACUCAAGAAGCUUGGGAAAUUUUGAAAAGUGAGAUUAUAAAAGCACAAUCUAGCACAAUACCAAUGAAGAAGAAAAAUAACAGCUCUCAAAAGAAACCAAUAUGACUGCAUAAAGAACUCUCUGAUAAAUUGAAAGACAAAAAGGACAACUAUAGAAAGUGGAAAGAGGGGUACAUAACAAAGGCAGAAUAUCGUCAAAUAGCCUGAGCCUGCAAAGAUGAAGUGAGGAAAGCUAAAGCUCAUAAUGAACAAAGGCUUGCUGCUUCCAACAUAUUAAAAACAAGAAAAAAGUCAAGGAAACAAUUGGCCCACUAGUGGGAGAAAGUGGCAAGAAGGUGACAAGCAACAGGGAGAAAGCAGAACUACUUAAUUCGAUUUUUGCAUCUGUCUUUACACAAAGGGGGGGAAAACAGUCCAACCUAUCAAAAACAGCACCAAAAAAAACAGAUUAGUAACACAACUUAAAAUAAGGAAGAAAAUGGUAAGUGAGCACUUGUCCACCCUAGACGAGUUCAAAUCACCAGAACCAAAUAGUUUACACCCCAAGGUUCUGAAGGAACUGACAGACAUCAUCUCAGAACCACUGAACUAUAUCUUUCAAAGAUCCUGGAGCACAGGGGAACUGCCAAGGGACUGGAAAAGAGCUGAUGUAGUUCCCACCUUCAAAAAAGGGAAAAAAAAUAGAUCCAGGAAACUACAGACCUGAGCCUGACCUCAAUACCAGGGAAGUUUCUGGAAAAGAUAACCAAGCAACGAAUCAGCGAACACAUAGAAGUAAACAAAUUAAUAAUCAAAAGCCAACAUGGGUUUGUCAAAAACAGAUCAUUCCAGACAAAUCAUAUUGCAUUCUUUGACAAAGUGGCAAAAUUAGUGGACCAGAGGAAUGCUGUGGAUAUACUUGGACUUCAGUAAGGCAUUUGAUAAAGCAGACCAUAACCUACUUCUUGAUAAGAUAGAAAAAUGUGGAUUAGAGAGCAUCAGCACCAGAUGGAUUCGUAACUGGCUGACCAAUCACAUUCAACAUGUAGUCCUCAAUGGAACUGCAUCUACAUGGAGGGAAGUAUGGAGUGGGGUACUCGAAGGCUCUGUUUUAGUCCCAGUACUCUUCAACAUCUUCAUCAAUUAUUUGGAUGAGGGAAUAGACUCAUCAAAUUUGCAGACGACACCAAGCUAGCAGGAAUAGCCAACACUUCAGAAGAUAGACUUAAGAUACAGAAGGAUUUUGACAGGCUUGCAUAUUGGGCGCUAUCUAACAAAAUAAAAUUCAAUUGUGAAAAAAGUAAGAUUCUGUAUUUAGAUAAGAAAAACAAAAUGCACAGAUACAAUAUACCUCACUCAAUAGUAGUAACUGUGAGAGGGAUCUUGGAGUCCUAGUGGGCAAUAGUUUAAAUAUGAGCCAGCAGUGUGCUGCAGCUGCCAAAAAAAGCCAACAUAGUUCCAGGCUGCCUAAACAGAGGAAUAGAAUCAAGAUCACGAGGAGUGUUAAUACUACUUAAUAUGCCUUGAUAAGGCCACACUUGGAAUACUGCAUCCUGUUUUGGUUGCCAUGAUGGAAAAAAAGAUGUUGAGACUAGAAAGAGUAUAGAGAAGAGCAACAAAGAUGAUUAGGGGACUGGAGGCUAAAAUAUACAAAGAACAGUUGCUACAAUUGGGUAUGUCUAAUUUGAUGAAAAGAAGAACUAGGAGUGACAUGAUAGCUGUGUUCCAAUAUCUCAGGGACUGCCACAAAGAAGAGGGACUCAAGCUAUUUUCCAAAGCACCUGAGGGCAGGACAAGAAGCAAUGAGUGGAAACUAAUCAAGGAGAGACGCAACCUAAAACUAAGUAGAAAUUUCCUAACAGUUAGAACAAUUAAUCAGUGGAACAACUUGCCUCCAGAAGUUGUAAAUGCUCCAACCCUGGAAGUUUUUAAGAAGAGAUUGGAUAACCAUUUGUCUGAAAUGGCAUAGGGCUUCCUGCCUAAGCAGGGAGUUGGACUAGAAGACCUCCAAGGUCCCAUCCAACUCUGUUAUUCUGUUCUAAAUUGGAGGAAGAAAUUUCAGUUAAAAUGCUAGGAAUUUUUUUUAAAGUUUUUUGUUUUUUAUAAAAAUGUCAAAUCAAUGUGGGAAUACUGUGGCACUUGAGCACCAUACAUUCCAAUAUAAAUGAAACUGAUCAGAUUAAACAUUAUUACAUUCAAUCAAUUUAUGUAUUUCUAAUAACAAUACACAUCUAUAUUAGGUUACAGUCUAUCACUAUUCAUUUAUUCCACCUAUUUCUCAUUAUUGCUUUCAUUUUAUCAAAUAAAAAUGUAUACAUUAAUAUUCCCUUUAUUUCUAUCAUUUAUUCUAGCUUUUAAUCAUGUCACCCUUUAUAGACCCUUUCCUGUCUAACUUCUAAUCAUGUCAUCUGCCUAAAAAAAGAAGGGGGGGAAAGAAGAGAGGGAGAGAGACGGAAAAGCAACUCAGAGCAGCAACAAAAAAGGAAUCAUCCAUCCAUCAUCUCUUGCCCGCUUCAUACUUUAAUUGCUAUGCUUUAAAAGAAAGAGAGGAAAAAGGAAAAGCAAAUUAGAAUAACAAUAAAAAAGAAAAUCAUUUAUCCAUUGUCUCUUGCCCGCUUCAUUACUUCAAUUGCUAUGCUUUUUUUUUUUUUUUGACUUGCCUCCCACAUUCCUCUCUUAAGUCUCCAUCUAUAUCUAUUUCUUGGAUGUCCAAUCUAAGGGUUCCUCCCACCCAGGGGUGAAAUCUAAAUUUUUUCCCUACCGGUUCUGUGGGCAUGGCUUGGUGGGGGGGGUGUCCUGUGACUGAGUGGGCAUGGCCAAUUCGAUGUCACUCACAGCCACGCCCACUCAGUCACAAGACCCCCUUCCACCAAGCCACGCCCACAGAACCCGGUAGGAAAACUUUUUAAAUUUCUUUCUCCUA